AUGACAAGCACCCCUUCCCUUGAUCCAAACGUUCAAGCUAUCUUGGACGAAAUCAACAAACAGCAUCCAUCAUCAUCCACAACUACGACGACCCAGAAGGAACUUCGAGCAGAAACCAAACAGUUUCUUCACACUGCACAGGAGUAUUUGGAAUGUCGAAAACAAAUGGAUGCUAAAUAUGCCGAGAUUGAUCCCGAUUCUACAAUUGCCAACCUGGACAUUCAGACCGAUUCAGGCGGAAUUAUUUCUGAUCAGACUGGUACUGACAACCAAAUGGCCUAUAAGAAGGAAUACCAACAACAAUCUUUAAAUGGAGCACCAGUGACCAAACUUACCGAAUUGUAUGACGCAGCAACAGCAGCUCAGCAAGUUUAUCAAGAAGUUGUUCAACAGUUGGUCGACAAGGUCACUGAAUCCUGUGCUCAUGUCGCUGGCGUUAGUGAAGGUAAAAUAGGGGCCGAUACUGCUGGUGCAAAGCUACAAUUUGCUCCACUAAAAGGCCGCGAACGAGCCCAAGAAAAGGCUGACGAUGACUAUUCCGACCGUGUUCCUGGUCCUGGUACCUCUUGGUUGUACGAUGUUGUCAGAGGGAGUGUCAAAUUCUCGACGGCGGAACAAAUUGCCAAAUGUCUGGAAUUGAUCCAAGCCGAUCCCACCAUGCACAUUGUCAAGGCCAAGAAUCGAUUCAAGAAUCCAACAUUGACCGGGUACCGCGAUUUCAACUUGUGCAUUCGCAUUGACACGCAACGAGGCUUUCAUCACGUUUGUGAAAUUCAGAUUCAUUUGGGACCCAUCAAGCAACUGUCCAUUGACUUGAGUUCCCACAAACACUAUGAGUACUUUCGAAGUUACUUUGAUGGCUCGACGGAUAGUUUGGCAGCUCGGUUGGAGGACUUGCAACAAAUUGUCCAAGAGCACACGGAAACGGUGAUUCGAACAAGAAGCAUAGAUAGCAAUGGUGUCUUGGACGAAGGUAUCUUGCAGAGACUCUUGGACAAAGGUCAAAACGAGGAUCGUAUCGAUCGACUAGCGGAUCUUUUUCGAGAGUACCUUUGUGAAUAUGAUUGGUCCUUGCGGGCCUAUGCCAAACUUUUGAAUAUCAGAUUGCGAAAGCACAAUGGACCCAAUGAUGCGGCGGUUGCUUCAACCUUCAAGGAAAUGGCACAAGUCCUUCAGCACCAGCGGCGCUUGGAAGAUUCGAUAUCCUUCUUUCAGCAAAGUUUGGAUAUCCAAAAACGCGUCUUGGGCGAGGAUCAUUUGGAGGUUGCCAAUACCCUGAGCAGUAUGGCCGCAGUCUUACGAUUCCAAGGGAAGAUUGAUGAGGCCAUGGACGUGUUGCAACAGGGCUUAACACUGAAGAAGCAGGCGUUAGGAGAGGAACAUAUAUCAGUCGCAAAUACAUAUAAUACCAUAGGCGGCGUCUACUUCAAUAAGCGAGAGCUGGACAAGGCCAUGAAAUACUUUCAAAGAAGCCUGGAAAUCUACAUGAAUGUGAUUGGAGAGGACCACAAGUUCAUUGCCAAUACAUUCAACAAUAUAGCUCUGGUAUUGGUAGACCAAGCUGAAUAUGACAAAGCCAUGCAGCAGUACAAAGGAUGCUUGGACAUUCAAAAACGGACAUUGGGAGAGGAACAUGCUGUCAUUUCAACUACGUACUCAAAUAUUGGCGAUGUGUACGUCCACAAAAAAGACCCCGAUACGGCCUUGAAAUACUAUGAAAUGAGUAUAGAAAUAAAACAGAAGACUCUAGGCGAGGACCAUCCAUCGGUGGCCAAUAUCUAUCGAAAUAUGGUGAAAGCCUUGAAACAAAAGGGGGACAUGACGCAAGCCAUGGAUCUAGAAGCCAAAGCGUACAGAAUCGAAAAGGCUGCCAAGAAGAGCAAUCGAUGA